CAUUCACUGCCGUCCUACCGCUUUAUUGUAUUUCUAUGCUUAAAGGCAGUGACUAUAGACACAUUUAAAGAGGAGAGCCCAACAACAAAAUCUGCUGAUCACAGAUAAAAACAACACACCAAAUCAUAGCAGUAUGAGCUCAAAGGGUGGCACUGCCCUGUCCCGACGCAACUAUCGCUUGGCAUCCGACACAGACAAACCCAAAGUCACAGGUAUUGUCAAUGAGAAGUUAUUGAGCGACUAUCUGCAUCAUGUGUUUCCUGCCUCCAGUAAGCAGGGACCCGCAUCAGCUGCGUACAGAAAAACCCUGACGUUCCAGGAUCUCGGAGCUCAUCUGGAGAAGCUGCUGGCUGAAGAUAAUGUCACUGAGGAGAGCAGAGAUCAGAUAGAAGGCUGCCUUGGACCUUCAACUGUUGUCCUGGAUCACAGCAGUGGGUUUGAAGGGCUGUUAUUUGUUGACGAUGACCUUUUGGGGGUCAUCGGCCACAGUAACUUCAGCUCCAUCAGAGCCACCACAUGUGUUUACAAAGGGAAAUGGGUCUAUGAAGUUCUCAUCUCAUCUCAAGGCCUAAUGCAAAUCGGAUGGUGCACAUUGAACUGCAGAUUCAACCAAGAGGAAGGGGUCGGGGACACGCCGGACUCGUACGCUUACGACGGAAACAGAGUUCGCAAAUGGAACGUGACAACCACCAACUACGGCAAGUCCUGGGCUGCUGGUGAUAUCGUCAGCUGUUUGAUAGAUUUGGAUGAGGGAAACAUUACGUUCUGUCUUAAUGGACAGUCUCUCGGUGUUGCGUUCAGCAAUAUUAAGACGGGGCCAGGCGUCGCAUAUUUCCCUGCAAUCAGCCUUUCCUUCAAAGAAUCUGUAGCCUUCAAUUUCGGCAGCCGUCCUCUCAGGUAUCCUGUGGAAGGUUACCUUCCUCUUCAAAGCCCACCAACCACUGACCUCAUCAAAGCCAACAGGCUUCUGGGAUACCUCAAGACAGUCCUGUCCACCUCCAUCGACACACAGGAGGAAAAGCUUGUGGAGAGAGACAGCGGAACCUGGCAGAUUCAAGGAGAUCCCACCAUCCUGGUCACCCUUGCACAUAUAUUCAACCACUUUGCACCUCUCAUGUGUAAAGUGUAUUUAGUGGAGGAUGUGCUGAUGAACUUCCUGUUGAGUAUAUUGGAGGGUGGAGGAUCUGUCGAAGAGCAUCCACUUAUACAACAGCUGCUGGACCUUUUCUGGCUUCUCAUGGAGGAGCACGAGGUGAGCGAGUGUCUGAAACAGCUGAUGAUGUCUCUGCUGAGAGCGUAUCGUUUCUCUCCUAUCAUCCCUGAUCUGGGCUUUCAGAUUCAUUACCUUCGUCUGACCACAGCGAUACUCCGGCAUGAGAAGUCCAGGAAGUACCUGCUCAGCAAUGUUCUAUUUGAUGUGCUCCGGUCUGUGGUCUUCUUCUACAUCAAGACCCCUCUGAGAGUGAAGGAGGCAGGACUGGAGGAGCUCAUCCCGACCACCUGGUGGCCGACACGCUUCGACAAAGAGGGCAAAGAUGAGAGGGACACACGCGAGGAGACGGCCGAGGAGAGGCUGAGACGGCGAGCGUACGAGCGCGGCUGUCACAGACUGAAAAAGAGGAUUGAGGUUGUGGAGGAGCUGCAGGUUCAGAUCCUGAGGUUAAUGCUGAACAACAAAGACAAGGGAACGGGUGAAGCUUCUCGAUACAUUUUCCUGAACAAAUUCCGCAAGUUCCUUCAAGAGAACGCCAGCAAUAGAGGGAACCCCACAGUGUUGUGUCCUCCUGAGUACAUGGUGUGUUUCUUACACCGGCUCAUCACGGCCAUCAGGAGCUACUGGGAUGAAGGCAAGAGAAAAAGCCCAGGAUCCAUCAGCAGUGAAGACGCGUACGUCCCCCCUCAGCUGUUCUACAACGGGAAGGUGGAUUACUUUGACCUUCAGCGCCUGGGAGGACUUCUCUCGCAUCUGAAGAAAACGCUCAAAGAUGACCUGGCCGCGAAGGCCAACAUCAUCAUAGACCCGGCGGAGAUCCAGGCCACAUCCAUGGACGAUUUGGAUGAAGAUGAGGAGACUGGAGCUGCACAGAGACCGUCUGGCGCUGUGGCCAUGGGUGGCGCUUUGGCCCGUCCCAGCUGGUUGAGUUCCCCGACGCUGGGCAGAGCCAACCGCUUCCUGAGCACCGCCGCCGUCAGCCUCAUGACCCCUCGACGACCCCUCGCCCCGCCGGAGAAGGUGAAGGUCCGGACCCUUGCCGUGGAGCAGAGAACCGAAGAAGACAGACAGCAUGACUUCAAAAAGCAUGUUUGCAGUACAUUACAAUCUCAAUCCACAGCUUCACAGGAAAUCAGAUGGAAACCAAUUAGCUUAGCAAUGAUCGAGGGAAGCCAUGGUAACGAUGGGCUGUUGCUGGGGCGACCGUUCGAAGAGCCUGACCAGCCAAUCACAGAGAAGUCACUGCUGGAGAUUCUGGACGGGGUUGUGAUGAUGUACAAUCUGAGCGUUCAUCAGCAGCUCAGCAAGAUGGUGGUUGUAUCGGAUGAUGUUCACGAGUACGCCGUCGCCCUAAAGGACACGGAUGAAAAGAUCGCCCGAUGCCCGAGCAGAAGGCCGGAUAUUUUAGAAGAGUUGCAGAAGAGCCAAAAAGUGUUUGCUGAAAAGCUGAACCACCUGAGUCGUAGGUUGGCCUGGAUCAAUGCCACCAUCUACUCCAAGGAUAAGAUGCUGGACGUGUACUGGCUCCUGCGGGUGUGUAUCCGCACCAUCGAGCACGCGGACAGCACGGGCUCCCUGUUCGCAUUCAUGCCCGAAUUCUACCUCAACGUGGCCAUGAACAGCUACAGCGCCCUCAAAAACUACUUCAGCCCCUCCAACUGCAUGGAGGAGCUUCCAGGUUAUGAGGACACGCUCACUCAGCUCGCAGCCAUUCUCGCCAAACACUUCGCUGAUCCACGCAUCGUUGGCACCGAUAUCAAAGAUUCACUGAUGCAGGCUUUAGCCAGUUACGUGUGUUACCCACAAUCCCUUCGUGCCGUCGAGAGGAUCCCAGAAGAACAGCGGAUGGCUAUGAUGAGGAACUUACUGGCUCCAUAUGAACAGAGACCUUGGGCUCAAACCAACUGGAUCCUGGUCCGUCUUUGGAGGGGUUGUGGCUUUGGCUACAGGUACACACGUCUGCCUCAUCUGCUGAAGACCAAACCGGAGGACGCAAACCUGCCCAGCCUGCAAAAGCCCUGUCCAUCACUUCUGCUGCAGAGACACAUGGCUGAACUCCUUAGUCAAGACAAAGACAUGGCUGCCAGUUUCCUCAAUAGCGUCUUAAAUCAGCUCAACUGGGCCUUCUCCGAAUUCAUCGGCAUGAUACAGGAGAUCCAACAGGCAGCUGAGCGGCCUGAGAGGAAUUUCGUGGACACGCGGCAAUUAAAGGUGUGUGCGACCUGUUUUGACCUCUCUGUCAGUCUGUUGCGGGUUCUGGAGAUGACCAUCACUCUAGUGCCGGAAAUAUUCCUGGACUGGACCCGCCCCUCCGCCGAGCUGUUGCUACGACGAUUGGCUCAGCUCCUGAACCAGGUGUUAAAUCGAGUCACGGCAGAAAGAAACCUCUUUGACAGGGUGGUCAACUUGCGCCUCCCAGGCCUGGAGAGUGUUGAUCACUACCCCAUCCUAGUGGCUGUUACAGGGAUAUUGGUGCGCAUUCUGGUCGACUCCGAUAAACAAGGGAUCUUAAGGGCUGCGUCUGUGCUGCUGUCGGAUCCUUGCUUCCAGCUUCGCUCCAUCCAGUACCUGCUUGGAGAAGGAGAUGUAGGAGCUGCCAGCGCUGACCGCAAACACUUCUCUCUGCACGCAUAUACUGACUACAUCAGCACGGAGGAAGAGCAGAAGGUAGAACAGAUGCUAACUUUCCUCACGGAGGAGUCCAAGCAGGCAGCUGCCAGCACAGCGCCGACCAGCGAGGACGAUCUCUGCCCGAUCUGCUAUGCACACUCCAUAUCAGCCAUCUUCAAGCCCUGCUCCCACAAAUCCUGCAAGGCCUGUAUCAAUCAGCACUUGAUGAAUAACAAGGACUGCUUCUUCUGCAAGGCCACUAUCACUGGAGUGGAAGAUUACACCAAACCAGCCAGCUCUUAGUGCGCACUUCACACACACACACACACACACACACAUUUGGUGUUCAAAAAUCCACAUUAUGUACACUUUCCCCAAAGACUUCACUUCAAAAACACACAUAUUCAGGUUGGACUCUUUGUUUCUACUCAGUCCAUGUAUGGUCACCAUCCCGCCACUGUUGGUUCUGCCAGCAUUGCCCAUCUGCACUGGCGUAUCAUAACAUUUUGUCCUCUGACGAAUGGAACAAGGCCUUGCAAGGCAAUAGCUCUUCCCAGGUGUCUUUGUGAUGAAUGGAUGAGAUCCUGUUUAGAGCCACAUGCUCAUGGUGCUUCUGAAGGAGCAGCUGAAAAGCUGAAUGUGGAAGAUCUGCUGAUAGUGAUGGAGAGUGUCUCGCCACAGUCUUAAUCGCUUCUCAUUUUGUCCCGGCUUGUUUUCUCAUCUGAUUUCUGAUUUCAUCUCCUCUCUGCUCAUUUCCAUUCUAUCCUUUUAUCUUAUCUAUUUCAGUCUUCUCUUUUUUUCUCAUGUUGUCAUCUCACCUUGUCUCUUCUCGUCUCAUUCUUGUCUCUUCUAUUAUCUUCUCACCUAAUUUUCACCUCAUUCUUGUCUUUUCUAUUCUCUUCUCAUCUCAUUCUUGUCUCUUCUCAUCUCAUUCUUGUCUCUUCUCUUCUCAUACUUGUCUCUUCUCAUCUCAUUCUUGUCUCUUCUCUUCUCAUACUUGUCUCUUCUCAUCUCAUUCUUGUGUCUUCUUUUCUUGUCUUAUUCUUGUCUCUUCUCGUCUCAUUCUUGUCUCUUCUGUUUUCAUACAUGUCUCUUCUAUUAUCUUCUCACCUAAUUCUCAUCUCAUUCUUGUCUUUUCUAUUCUAUUCUCUUCUCAUCUCAUUCUUGUCUCUUCUCUUUUUGUCUCAUUCUCGCCUCAUUCUUGUCUCAUCUCUUCUCACAAACUCUGGUUAUAUUAUCAUAUCAGGAAGUCAGAUUUAAACUCAGUACUAGUGAACAGUUUUUCAUAUCACUCUCUGUAUUUGCUAAUGUUUUUAUACUCAAUAAUGACAGCCAUAGUUGACAUAGAUGACAACAAGUAGUGUCACACUAAGCAGAACCUACAAUCACUUUGGAUUGUUGUACAUGAUUUUCUACAUUAAAAAAAAGAAACACAUCUACAUAAAGCUGUUACACUCGCCUGUCAUAUAACAUGUAAUAAAUGUCUUUUAUUACAGAUUUAUAAAGCAUCAUACAAGAUAAAAAAGGCGGUUUCGGGACAUGGACAGUUUACACAGAGACGUAAAUGCAAUGUGAGACAGUGAUAACAAUUCCUGUUUGAGAGAAAUCCUUUGAUUUCCCACCAACACUUGUUCGUUCUGCUCUCCGCUACAUUUCUCCAUUCGGACGGCUUUCACAUUUGAUCUGUCGUUAUAAUGGUGUGGUGUUCGUGAAUGUUCUCAAACAAGCCUCAGCUUUCUUCAUACCCAGAUCUUUCCUUCAGUCUGUUCCAUUAGGAGUGCCUAGACUGCUGUUUUUGUUACAGAACACCAACAGACAUCUAGAUUUAAGUGCUUUGCUGUUGUGUGCAUGGGGUUAUCUUUCCCAGAAUCCUUUGCUAAUGGAUUAUGUUACACUCAGGCUCUGCCUGCACUCAGAAUCCAUUGCCUUGCCACAGUUCCCUUAAAAGGAUAUUCAGCCAUUGUCAACUGCAAUUUUCUACACCAAAUAAAAGUCUAGUGGUGUGGCCCAGUUUUAAAACCCACAAAAAAAUUAGAUGGAGUAAGCCAAGACUGGAGGUGGACCGCAGCUUUGACUGUCACAAUACAGUACGCAAUUAACAACUUGUACAGAAUCCAUCAUAUGCUUCUUACUAAUGCACACAGACUGUUUAUUUAACACGCAGACAAUUUGCUACGACCGAUAAACCACUGAACUUCCAAACACUGUAUAAAACUGAUAAUAAGUAUGAAUUAUCAAAACCAAAAGAGUAUUUGGGUCACUACUUCUCUCAUUUGGACUGUUAAAGCAUUGCUCACAGUUUGGUGUAAUGUUGUUUUUAAAAAGGGGGUGCAUGAUAUGAAUGUAGGACCCCCCUCUAUAGUUUACUUAAAGUGUGUGUGCGCGUUUGCGGUGAGUGUGUGCCGAUGACUUUAAUUUAAGGGUUUCCACUCUCAGGCAUCUGCUAUUGUUGUCAAAGGGAAUUUUAGAUAAGUUAAGCAAUAUUUAAAGGACUGUUGAUGUUUUUUUAAUUUUUUUUUCUUCUUUUUAUUAUUUUGUUUAGAAAGAGAGGACAUGGCAAUUUUUGGUUCUUUCACUUUUGUGAGAGUGUACAUGUAUUGAUGUAUUAUUAGCAUUAAAUUAUUUAUCCUAAAUGCUGUCUGGUGUGCUUACUUUGUAGGCACUUUCCAAUGUAUAUAUUGGCUUACUAACGUAUUUAAUUAACAUAUAUUUAAACAUAUCCCACAUUCAUUCAACCCUGUUACUGGAUGAUUUCCUCCCUGUU